AUGCUUUUUUCUAACAACCGCGACGAUAAAUACUACAUACAUCCUGCUGUAACCUUCGAUUUAACCACUUCCCGUCGUCCUGCCCCGAUGGCCCGCCCCGAGGGCGCUACUGAAGCGCCGUCUGCAUCCAUCCCUAGUCACGCACAAGGCUCUUCCAUGGCAGGCCAUGCCCUUACAAGCUGGUCGGACGACGUAUUACCGCGACCCAUUCCUGUCCAUACAUCAACGCAGAUCCAGGGUCUUCCACUUGUCUUCGCUUUGGAAGUCUCUAGUACCUGUGAGAGGGUCUUCCAGGAACAAAAGAACACAGUAUCAUAUAUGGCCUCGAAGCUUGAACCCAAGGAACUUGCACACCAGUCUUACAUCUUACCUUGGGAUCGUCAAGCUCAUGACCCAGUACCCGUACAUCUGAUUGAGAACCUUCAACAUAGCGUUGGAUCGAAUCCAUCCACCAUUUUCGAACAUUGUCUUAGUCGAAGAUACCUUGAACAGGCCAAAAUCUGGUUCCUCAUGACGGAUGGUGUAAUUGAAGAGGAGCGUGCUAACACCUUUACGAAUAACAUCACGGGAGCGGGAUUGCAUGGUACACCAUCCGUCAUCAUCGUCUUUGGAAACAGGUCUCGUCCUCCUUCUCGAAACAAAUUCUCAAUUGGCAUGUCUCUCAGUGCACCAUCGCCGCACUGUGCUGUUCUUUUUCACGACAUAUGGAGUGGUGAGCUGUUCGUCGUUCAAGCCAAAGGAUGCUUCGCCAGUGUGCUUCCUAAAGGUUCCUACUUCAAGUGGUUUAGUGGAACCAGAUGGGCAGACUUUCCACAGAUCUCCUACGAUAAGCUGCUGAAUGUCCGAGUUCCCGAGCCAGUUCGACUCUCCAAAGAUGAAGUGUCCCUGCCUUACGCCAAGGUAUUCGAUAUGAAGUUCAUCUACAACGACUCCAUGAGCGACCAGGAUAAACUUCAACUGGUGUCAAACAGCUCAGCCCUGGAUUCGAUAAUGGUCGUUGCCAAAACGAGAGGAGAAGGAUUCCUGGUGAAGCUGUGGAUUGAGAGCCUUCGCAGAACGACAAGAAAAUGCCUGACCAUAGAGAGAGAUGAUGUCGACUCCCGAGGGAAGAUUGUCAUGACAUUUCUACUGAUGGCAGCUGAGCAAGAGCUGAAAAUACAAGAUACUCGCCACAAAGACAUUUGGUCUUGUUUGAAAUCUGUCUCGUCUCCUCGUUGGUCCAGAUGUAUGCAAAUGCAUGUACCAAACCUCGUAGACUUUAAUCGCUCGAGAGUCCGACUUCAGAACAGCAAAAAUUGGGCCAACUUCGAAGCCAAGGUGGAGAUGGAACGAGCGGCAUUCAGACGUCUCACCAAAGGUCUACAAGAGGUCCAGUCAACGAUGGGGAUACUUGGUAACCCUUUGCCAAAUGGUCCAAGCCUCGUCCCGGCUGACACCUUUUGGUACUCCGCUAGUGGAAUAAGGACUGGGAUAGGGAAUAAGAAGCUUUCGGCAUCUGUUCAACCAGACAAGUUCGACAUCAACAAGGAAACAUUUCUCUCUGGCUUCAAGGGCACCCGAAAGCUUGAAAAAGCUGCACGGUCAAGGGCAUACGCCACCUGUCCGGUAUGCCGAGAACCCAAUUCGAUCCAAACAUUGCUACUACGAACAAGUCCAGAGGACAACAAAACUCCACACCUUCCGUUGCCGAACGAAAGGCUCGAACUGAAAUAUCCCUUGGCGUUGGGAGAUUACCCAGAGCUUGAUAUCAUUCUUCCAAUUACAUGCUGCGAUGGAUGCGCAUUCCUCUUCUCGAAGGUUGACAGGCGACUCAAUCCUCUUCCAAUUAGCGAUCAGAUCGCUGCGGCACUUCCACUUGUAUCGCUCCAGGACAAACAUAAUCGAAGGCUGUGGAGGCAGAAACUCGCAGAGGUAUACAGAUGCCGCUUCCACGAUAGAAAUGUUCUGUCUGUCUUCCUUGCCACCAUCUGCACCAGAAUUGAGAAUGUCCCCAGCUUGGCACAUUCAAAGUGUCUCAAAUGGUGCAGAGACGAACUCUCCCAGCUUCCAGGGAUCCAAAUACCCAAAAGCGCCAGUCCAAAACUCGUCACUAGUCUUCCAUCAACAGUCGAUAAUGUGGUUCCGCCGCAACAGGUGGCCUUCUUUGCAUGCCUAGGAAACAAAUUCUAUCUCAAGGCAGUUUUGUCGCAGCCGGUUGAGGGGUUCGUCGUUCUCGUUCAGCUAGCGGUAUCGAUGAAUGUUGUUAAACCAGAGUCUAUUCGGAACUUGGUUUGGAAACGGCUUUUAUGUCAUUUCAUAGAACAGGAUUUGCGCUUGCGAACUAAUUUUGGGGUUGAAUACGCCCAUGUGUUGUUGCGGGAGAUUACACAAGAAUCUCGGUCUUCUAGCCAAGGGUGUCAUGGCAAAUUCGCUGUAGCUCUUUCAAAGCCACGAACAUCUGUCUCACUGACUUCACUUGUCAAUACCUACCUUGUCCUGCCAGGAUCGACCGCCAUAUCGCACUUCUUUCGUAUAGCCUGCUUCGGGGAAGUAUAUAGUAUGACCGAGUACAACGCAGCACUAGCAAUGUUCUUACAUAUGCUGGCCAGCAUUAGAUAUCAGGGCCAGGAGGCAACAGAUGUUUUGGAAGAGAUGCAGGGCGUGGCAAAUAAACUUCGCCACGUUGGAGAGGACAUGAGAAGUGUUUUUGAGGAUCCAACGUCUGUUAACGAGCCUGGAGCCGCUUAUGUCAUUGUCCAUUUAGAGUCUUGGCUAAAGUACAUUGUGUCAAGAAACUAA